UUCUGCCGAUUAUAAAAGCCCAGGGACGUUCCAGCAGAAAGCCCCCUCUCUCACAAGGUUCCUAUCACGCCCCAUCCCCACAGCCUUACCUCACCCCGAUCGCAAAAUACCUCACAAGACUCCUUCCAGGCGGACUUUGAAAUUUGGAAGGACAUUUUGCCAGUGUCUGGCUGCACGCAAGAGGGGCACUGUUGUCAACCUUCGACUGGCCAUCAUGAGGUCGAGUUCCACGCUGUGUCUGAUCAGGUUACUCUGUGCCCUGUGUGGAACAAGUGCAUUUGUAUCUUCAGUGAAUAUCUCCAGCGCGCUGGAUUCCUCAAACUUCAACGGGAAAGAGUGGUCCGGGAGGAAAUACCUGGCCCCGGGGGACAUCCCGAAAGUCAGGCGGAGACGGUACAUCUCCCCCACUGACAAAUCGGUUAUUCUCGACUACCACAACAAGGUUCGAAGUCAAGUCAACCCCCCUUCAGCGAAUAUGGAGUACAUGGUUUGGGAUGACAAUCUGGCAAAGUAUGCUGAAUCGUGGGCUGCGACGUGUAUCUGGGACCAUGGACCAUCAUAUUUACUGAGAUUUCUGGGGCAAAAUCUAUCAGUUCGCUCUGGACGCUAUCGGAAUAUCCUCCAACUGGUAAAGCCUUGGUACGAUGAAGUGAAGGGCUAUAGUUUCCCUUACCCUCGUGACUGCAAUCCCAGGUGUCCCCUGAAAUGUUAUGGACCAGUGUGCACACACUAUACACAGAUGGUUUGGGCAACGUCCAAUCGAAUAGGCUGUGCAAUCCAUACCUGUCACAAUAUGCAUGUCUGGGGGUCAACCUGGCGACGUGCGAUAUACCUCGUUUGCAACUAUUCUCCAAAGGGAAAUUGGAUUGGGGAAGCGCCAUACAAAGUCGGAGUGCCAUGUUCUGCCUGUCCGCCCAGUUAUGGAGGAGCCUGUAGCAACAAUCAGUGUUUCCCACGAGUAACCUCAAACUACCUGUACUGGUUCAAAUGAUCGGUUAGGUUUACAGAAUACGCUCGCAGCACCACAUUAGGAUUCCUCCUCAGAGUUACUAGUCAGCUGAAGGAACUUGGCAGAACAUAUCUUAAUUAAUAUACCCAUAAAUAUCACUGAAAGUUUUGUCUUAAUGGUAUCAUUUUACAAAACACUUAUUAUUAUCAUUGUACUGCUUUUAACUUCCACCAAGUUAGCUCUUAUAGAAAUGCAAAAUUUAUUAUAAUAACACAAGGCACUGUAUUUAUGGAGAAAAAAAAACAGCAUGAUACUGCAAAAUGUUGCUUUAUUUACAGGUGAGAUUAGAAAGCAGUUUGCUACAUGUUUUGUGCAUGGAUAUGGUUUAAUGUUCCUGAGUUGGAAAACCUGUUUGUGGAUGAUCCUAAUGGGUAUGUAUAGGUUUGCACCGUGGUUACUGUUAAAAACCUGAGGGUCAGUUAGAUAAGCUAAAGAAUGUGCUUGUAGAAAGCAGUAUUUACAACAAUUAAUAAUUUCAUCAUCUCUGCCCUGAAUAACUGAGGCAGUCUAGCUAGUAAAACUUCUCAUGGUGCUAAGAAGUUUAUUUAAAAAACCUGCUAUUUCAGAGGGCACACAGUUCUGUGUCAGGCAUUACUUAAAAGUACUUAUCUAAGGUUUUAAAAUAUGGAAAAAAAUGAUGAAGGUGCUUCAGAUCACUCUGAUCAAUAUUUUGAUCAUUUACCUAUUUUCCUGUAACAAUGGGAAUUUAUAAACUGUAGCUUUUGGCAGCUCAAACACAUCAACACAUCAGUAGGUUCAGGUAGCACAUGAGCUGGCCUCUUGUGCCAAUAAACAAUCUAUUACAUUUCUGCAACAAAGGAUUAUUCUCAUUGACAUCUGACAUUGUAUCCAACUGCAAAGAUGAUUACUUUUCUGCUUUGAGCUCCCAAGUCAUUAUUUUAGCUGGAUCUUAAUUGCUUAUUCCAUUGAUAAUCCUUCCCCAAUUUUGACUUCAUGCCUUUUCCCGACAACAGGUUUUGAAAUAAUAGUGUUGAGUUCUCCAAUUUCAAAUAACCUCCCUCCCCAUUCCCCGACUCCCUUCCCAGCCCCUCCUUCUCCCUUCCACUCCUCUCAGCCAUCAACAGGAUUCAUUCCUCCAUUGACCAAUCAGGUCGUACCCUCUACUUGCCUUCACCUAUCCCCACUUCACCACCUUGCCCCCACCUCCCCCUUUAUCUGCAGCUUUCCCCACACCCACCCCCAGUCCUGAAGAAGGGUUCUGCCUGACUUCUCCACCUCCUGAUGCAGCCUGGCUUGCUGUGUUCCCCAGCCUCCUGCCUGUUCACUUUGAAAUAAUGAAAGUAUUUGUCUAGCAUCUUUAACUUUUCCCAAGGCACUUUUGUCUUAAAAUCCCAGUCAUGAUUGAUACAUUAAGCUAAAUUGAUCAUAGGCAAUGACUGCUUGAGCAGAUUAAUGACAUAAUUAUACAUGUCUGCAGUUCACAACCACCAACUCAAGGGCAUCUCAAUGGAUGGACAAUAAAUGCCCAGACAGUGGCACCCACAUCCCAUGAGUAAAUAAGAAAAAUGUUUGAUGCUUGAUGCAUUCACUGGGAGCUUUGGCUCGUUUCCAUGUGUUCCCUCAGUGCAAUUCACUCCAAAUCGGCAAAUCCAACCCACUGUGGAACUUUAAGCAAAUUAUGCUCAGUGGAAAUUGAGUUUCUGCAGACUUGGGUUGGUUUCAAAACAUUCUGCCAGUAUCCAGUCUUUACUGCAAAACUGACCAAGACCACCUUCAGAUUGAAUUUAUUACCAUUGUCACUUUCCAUUAACUGUGACCAUUACUGGAUGUUCAAAAAGCCAGAAGGAGCAAAUUUAUUUUAGAUGCAUUAUUAAGAAUGGCAUAUAGAGUCUUUGAGCUGUCCAGCAUGGAAACAAAUCCUUUGGUCCAACUUAUUAAUGCUGGCCAGAUAUCCUAACUCAAUCUAGUCCCAUUUGUCAGCACUUGGCCCAUCUCCUUCGAACGCUUCCUAUUCGUGUACCCAUCCAGAUGUCUUUUAAAUCAUACCAGCCUCCACCACAUCCUCCGGCAGCUCAUUUCAUGCACACACCACCCUCUGUGUGAAAAUGUUGCCCCUUAGCUUCCAUAUUUUAAAAGCUUUUUGUCCCCCUCAUUAAUAAAGAAACACUUAUGGGCCAGCAUAACCCAACAAAUGGUUCUGUCAUUGUUGGGUUCUUGUGAAAAAAACUUCUUCAGUUAUGUAAAAUCAGCUCAAUAUAGGUUUUAGACCAGACAUUGAUUAAAGUACUAGUUCUAUUUAAUUAGCCCAUUUUCAGAUGUAUUAAUAAAACCAGUGAACUACAUUUGUGAUUAAUUGGUACCAGAAGGAGAUAUCAAUUAACGUAUGGAAUGGUUCUCCAUUGAAAACUAAUGUUUUCAGGGGACAAGGUGAUCCUAAUAGAUAAAACUGAUGAAGAGAAAAAUCAAAAAUCAAAUGGUAAUAGAAAUGACAUUUUUCUACAUUUUCUUUCAUUGUCAUAAAUCAAGUGCUCAUUUGGCAGCGAUAAUUUGCUUUUGAUGUAUACAGUGAAAGAGGGUGUAGAGACUAAGUGAAGAUAACACCGAAUGAGGAACAUCAGUAUGAAACAGACAUUAUACAGUUGUGACCAUUGCACUGAGAAUUUAUAACAGAAACAUUCAAUAACAAAAUGCAACGACAAACAUUUGAUUUUGAUGGACAUGAUAUCAAGCAUUUCUCUGUCUGAAGAAUGAAGAAAAUAGCCAUAGCUUCCAGUAUUCAUUCAAGUAGGGCCAUUUCACAGUUACAGAUUGAGACAUAUUGGAAUCUAUUGAAAUUAACUUUUUAAGCAUUUGCAAGUACAAAUUAAUACCUUGCAUCAUUAAGUAGAAUAACUAGGGUGACAUGGUGGCUCAGUGGUUAGCAUUGCUAUCUCACAGCACCAGGGUCCCAGGUUCAAAUCCAGCCUCUGUGUGGAGUUUGCACAUUCUCCCCGUGUCUGUGUGGGUUUCCUCCCACAAUCACAAAGAUGUGCAGGUUGGGUGAAUUGGCCAUGCUAAAUUGUCCAUAGUGUUAGGGAAAUGGGUCUGGGUGGGUUACUCUUCGGAGGGUUGGUGUGGACUGGUUGGGCCGAAGGGUCUGUUUCCACACUGUUUGGAAUCUGAUCUCGAAGGGGGAGUGGUGUAAUUAUUUUGCCAGUUUUAUAUUUUAAGGUUAUGCAUGAUAAAAAAAUAAAUUAUUUUGUGAAACAUUAAAACCAUUUAGGGACAGUGGAAGGAAAUGCAUGUGUUUACUUGAAAGAACCUUCAUCUCUUUGAUGUGGCUACUUCACACCUCAGAUUUUGCUUUUGGUUGGUGCGGUUGGAGGUAUUUUCGUUGGCAAGUUGCAGACUGAACAAUUAUUGUUUACAGUUUCAUUCAUUAUACAUAGCAAAUACCAUAAUGGGAUUUACAGCAACGGGGGCUUUAAGCUUUCAGUCAGACCACUAUCUGAGGCAGUUAGAAUGGAACAGCAGCCUUAAGGCUCCUGCCCACAUCCCGAUAGAUCCAAGGGUAACUGCCUAAAGCUAAAAGUUUAUUUUGUUAAAAUGCAGAUUGGGUUCUCAUGAUGUAACAUUAACCCAAGACUGGAUAGCAGAGACAGCCCUGAUAACCACAGGAGCUCGGCCAGCAAUGGACCAAUACUGUCGGCUUGUUAAACAUUUUCAUUCCGUAUUUGUGUGGAUUGUGAGAAGUAGUUUUACUCAUCCAGAUUGCAUAGGUACCCUUGGGUCUCCUUUAAUCUGUGUUCCUUAUUCCCAGGAUCAUUUCUGGUUCCUGGGUCUUCAUUUGAAGCUGCUUUGUUUUCACAUUUAAAUGGAUAUCUCGUUGGAAUAUAUAUCAAAGUAAAAUUCAGUUUUUUGAAUGCAAAAGUAUAAACAGAUGCAAAAUAGUCAGCAUUUUGAGCUACACAAAACUUAAAUUAGCUUUUCAAUUACAUUGUAUGAUAUGUGAGCCCUUAAUACAUUUAUCUACAAUUCCUUUCCCCCAUUUUAUCUAUUCUAGACAAGAUAACUUUACUAUUAAAGGAGGAAAAUAAUGUCAGUGUUGAAUAUUACGGGUGCAUCAGAGUCAUUGCAACUUUUUUAUAAUUGACAAAACAUUUGCAAGGUAUGGGCCUGACAGCCAGUCAGAUACCUCCUUUCACAUUCUCAUCAAAGUUAAAAUUAUCCCUGUAUCUGUUAUCCCAAAAUAAUCAUAAAUGAACUAACAAAGCUGAGUCCGGUCCAAAACAAAGUGAACUAUUUGGAAAACUGAUAUACAUUCUUAAACAGAAAAAUAUAUAUUUGUUAAUCCUGUUUCAUUUUGCAUUGCAUUGAAACUGAUUUAUUGUAUUUGUAUUUAAAAUACUUUUGAACGGUUUGUAUUUAAACUGCAACAUCAUAUAUAAAUCAGCCAUCUUGAAACCCACAUACUGAUAUUGAUGGAAACGCUGACUGUUUGUAUGUUAAAAUCUUGUAUGUCAAUUGUUCUCGAUA